GAAGUUGUUCAGUGCGACGACGCUUGGUCCGAAAUUUUGUUUAUCAGACGUUACUGUAAGGGUUCUAUUGAAAAUCUCCGUUAAAAAGUUAGUGGUGAGUGUGUAGUUGUUGAUUUAAAACGAACUUAAAAUAAGGUUGGGAACCCGGUGAAUUUCGAAAACUAUCAAGACUACUUUCAUUUGUUGAAAUCCCUUUGGGAUAUUGGCAUCACGAUAUGGCCGGAGCGGAUCCUAAAUGGCAAAAGGAUGCGGCGGACCAGAAUUUCGAUUACAUGUUCAAACUUUUAAUAAUCGGUAACAGCUCCGUGGGGAAAACUUCAUUCCUGUUUCGGUACGCGGAUGAUAGCUUUACAUCAGCCUUUGUCAGUACCGUUGGAAUAGACUUCAAAGUUAAGACCGUAUUCAGACACGACAAACGUGUUAAAUUGCAAAUUUGGGAUACCGCAGGACAAGAAAGAUACAGAACUAUAACCACAGCUUACUAUAGAGGGGCUAUGGGCUUCAUUUUAAUGUACGACAUCACAAACGAAGAAUCUUUUAAUAGUGUUCAAGACUGGGUCACUCAAAUCAAGACCUACUCCUGGGAUAAUGCCCAAGUGAUCCUCGUCGGUAACAAGUGUGACAUGGAAGACGAACGCGUAAUCAGUUUCGAAAGAGGUAAACAAUUGGCCGAUCAACUUGGUGUAGAAUUCUUUGAAACGAGUGCGAAGGAAAACAUCAAUGUCAAGGCUGUCUUCGAAAGAUUGGUUGAUAUAAUCUGCGACAAAAUGUCUGAUAGUCUAGAUACGGAUCCAACAUUAAUGAGUGCUGGUGGAAAAGGUACUAGAUUAACCGACGCACCACAAGGACCUCAAGCGGCUAACUGUAACUGCUAAUAACCUUGUACCGUGUCAACAUUGGAACAAUCCUUACUGCUACCCUAGUUACAUAUUAAACAGCGCGACAACUACUCCUUACCUACUAGUACCUUUAAUAAUACCUUUACCUAAAUAGUUGGAGUUUUAUGAUUCCCUCCCUAAAAAACGUCCCGUAUUCUCUCUCCCGUUAGAUGUCUUUAAUUUAGUUACCCAUCCUGUUCAACCAAUCAAUUGAUAAAAUAUACUAAAUUAAAUAAAUAAUUAAAAAAUAAAACUAAACAAUAUGAUGUCAAUAUUUCGAAAGCAAGAUGAAUAAAAAAAGCUUCACGACCCAUAAGGACAUGUAUGAGUAUCUUAGAAAAAAAUCUAAAAAAGAGAACUUUACCAGUUAUUACUAAUUAGUUGUUUUUUAAACUGGUUAUAGUUGUAGAUCUAAUUUAUAUUUACGAUGAAAGGGAAAUUGAGAAAUAUUGUAUCCUACGAGUUUAGGUUACCUUUUAUGAAACGAAAAAACGAUCAUCAUCAGUUCCCUUGUGUGAUCAUUUCAUAUCUUGGCCUAUUUUGUUAAAGAUUCUAUCAUGAUAUCGCGUUGGUUUAUAGAGAUUGUUGUAUUAUUAUUGUAGAACGGCUGAUGUUGUAGUAAAAGCAUGUUAAUCCCACAUAUACCUACGUAAAUGUAUGUAACAGAAAAAGGAGAGAUCAGUUCAGAGAUGAAAAUUAAAUUUGUAUCUAGCAUUUAAUAACAAAUAAACAUCUUUUAAUUUAAUUAAUUUAAAAGUGUAUUUAAGUUUGGUAUUGACUGGUAGUGCGAAAAUUGAACGUAGAUACAAUAAUUAAGAUUAGAAAAUAAAACGAUCAGAGAAAAUAUACGUGUAAAUAUUAUAUUAUAUGAAAUUGUUGAUUUUACGAACGUUUGAUUUAUUUCUUAUUGCAUUAUUGCUUAUUUUUUUUUGGUGCUUGGGACAUCGUGUAAUCAUGUUCGCACAUUCAUAAUAUUGCCGUAUGUUUGUAUAGAACUGAAUAUAAGAUAUACAUCUACGUAACAUAACAAUAUAUUAUGAAAUCUCGUCAAAAUUUCUACAAACUAUAUUUUGUAUUUUAUUAAAAAUCACUGUUGAACCAAAGCAGUAACAACGCAUGAGUACGCUCGCAAAUUUGUUAACAAAAAGUAUUUCUUUUUUCCAUAUAUAGGUGUUUUUAAUAAAAAAAUAUAUGUGUUAAAAAGAAUCGAUUUUCGCAUAUCGAACGAUGAUUCGUCGCGCUGAUUAGCGCCGAUUGGUGUUGAAAAAAAAUUGUUGUUUCAAUAAAAGCAAAAAAAAAACUCAUUGAAAUGUUAACGUUUUACCGCGAUCUAUUGCAGACUUAACGGAAAUUUUCCUACUUAAAGAAUCUGUGCCUCACGUAUUGUAUAUGUAACAACGCAAUGUGGUACUUUUUUAAAAUCCGGGACGUUCAAAAAUCUGUCGAUGUAUUCGCACAUUGAUAUAUUCUCGUGGAUUCCCAAAAUGGCAUUUUCGCUCGUAUGGAAUCGCCAAAGUUGGACCGUAUUACCCUAUACGAAAAUACCAUACAAUUUAUGUAUAUCGAAUAUUAUGUUGUCAUUAUAAAAAAAAAUUGUACAAUACUGAAACAGUUUGUGAAAUUAGUGUAUAAUAAAUAUAGUGUAUAUGCCUCA